GUGCUGGCGGAAAUACCACUCUUUUGCCAAAACUCUUCUAACUUUCCUUAUCAACAUUGUCUUUGUUGCUUACAAUUUUUUAACGCCGCGGGAUGUCCAAUCCCACAAGAAAAUGCUGUGGGAUCGAUUGCGAUAAUGAAGCUGGGACCUUACAAUGCCCAACAUGUCUGAAGCUGGAUAUCAAAGGCAGUUACUUCUGCUCCCAAGACUGCUUCAAGAAGAAUUGGAUCGAGGACUGUUCAACCCUUUUCCGACUUACCAAUUUACUGGCUCUGUUAGACCAGUCUACCCACUCUCGCCGCGACGGCCUGUCCCCAAAAUAAUCACCCAUCCCGAUUGGGCGGAGACUGGCAUCCCAAGGCGGGAAAUGCGCUUAAGCAGGUCAAAAUGGGACCUCUUGGAUGCUAAGGGCCAGCAGGCUAUGCGCAAGGUGUGCCGGCUGGCGAGAGAAGUCCUCGACAUAACGGCUGCAGCAGUGAAGCCCGGCGUUACUACAGACUACUUGGACGAGAUCUGCCACAACGCUUGCAUUGAGCGAGGGUCAUAUCCUUCUCCGCUCAACUACAACCACUUUCCCAAGUCAAUAUGCACAUCGGUAAAUGAGGUAGUAUGCCACGGCAUUCCGGAUCAGCGGGUCCUGCUCGAUGGCGAUAUUCUUAACCUCGAUGUUUCUCUGUACCACGGCGGAUACCAUGCCGAUUUGAACGAGACCUACUACGUCGGGGAUAAGGCAAAAGCGGAUCCGGACGCGGUCAAACUCAUUGAAACGACGAGACAGGCCUUGGACAUGGCGAUUGAGAUCGUCAAGCCAGGUGUGCCGAUUCGAGAGUUUGGCAGGAUUAUCGAAAAGCACGCAGCCUCAAGGGGCCUUGCCGUCAUCAAGACAUGGGGCGGUCACGGUAUCAACUCGGAAUUCCAUCCUCCUCCUUGGAUACCGCACUAUGCAAAGAACAAGGCUGUGGGAACAUGUAAACCUGGGAUGACCUUCACAAUUGAGCCUAUUCUCACCCUGGGUGCCAACCGAGAGAAGUACUGGCCGGAUGAUUGGACGAAUGUCACGAUGGAUGGCAAGCGGACAGCACAGUUCGAAACAGGCGUCGAAGUCUUGACGGCCAGACAGGAGAACUCUCCGGGAGGCCCAAUCCCCAUACCGGAGGUUGUAAAUGGAGUUGCUGACGGAGUUGCGAACGGAGAUGCGAACAGAGAUGCGAACGGAGCUGCUAUUAACGAAAGCUGA